GGAGCCCCCGCCCGUCGCCCAUGGCCGCCGCCGCCGCAGCGCGCCGCGGCCUGGCCGCGCUGCUCCUGGGCCGCAGCCUGCCGCCCUGGCUGCGCCCGCCGCCCGCCCGCCGCCUCCCCAGCGCCGCUGCCGCCCUCCUCGGGCCGGGGCUGGGCGCGCCGCGGGCUCCCGCCCCGCUCUGCGCGGCCGCCCGCCGCUACAGCCAGGUCACAGAUGCACCAUCCCAGGAAGGUCACCUCUCGGAGCAGGAGCCCGAGUCACCCAGGGCAGAAAGUGAGAAUGUCUUCCUCAUCCGGGCGCAAGGAUUCCCCUUCUCCUGCACCGAGGAAGAUGUGCUUACCUUCUUUGAUAGCUGUAGAAUACGAAACGGUGAGAACGGCGUACACUUCCUCUUAAACAGGGAUGGGAGACGCAGGGGGGAUGCCUUGAUCGAGCUGGAGUCGAAAGCGGAUGUCCAGCGGGCCUUGGAAAAGCACCUGAGAUAUAUGGGCCCACGCUAUGUGAAAGUUUUUGAAGUACACGACAGUGACGUAGAGGGCUUACUACAAAGCCUGCGGGAUGAGUCACAAGCCAUAAAUGAUGGAGUUGUGCUACUGAGAGGCCUUCCGUUCAGCUCCACGGAGGAUGAUAUCGCAGAUUUUUUCGCAGGUUUGGAAAUCCUUGACAUAGCUUUCGUUUACCGGGGGGAAAGAAGAACAGGAGAAGCUUUCGUGCAGUUUGCAGCUCCUGAUAUGGCAGCUAAAGCCCUGUCACGACACAGACAAUAUAUGGGAAGUAGGUACAUCGAAGUGUACGUGAGUAGAAAACAUCAAAUGCAAAGGCACAUGCCUUACGAGAAGCAGCUGGCGACCUACCGCAAAGCGGGAUUCGAACGUGAAGCUGUUGCUGAACAAAGUCAAUUGACCAACCCGGGAGGCUGCGAGGCCAAGAGAGAAAAUCAACUGUGCAGGGAAGGAACGGAAAGGUCUGGGCACGUUUCAGAACCUGCGACCGCCUCGUCACUGCUUCACUUUGUCCACAUGAGGGGUUGUCCCACCCAAGCUAGUGCCCAAGACAUAAUAAAUUUUUUUGCCCCGCUGAAGCCCACAAGGAUUAUGGUAGAAUACAACUCCCAUGGAGACGCCACAGGAGAAGCGGACGUGCAUUUUGAGAGCCAAGAGGACGCAGUGGCUGCGAUGGCUAAGGAGGGGUCACAGCUGCAGUGCAGUGCCAUUGAAUUGUUCCUGAAUGAACAUCCAAAGGCAAAAGACAACUGCUAGUGACAGUGGCGUGGUCUCACCCUUGGCCUAAGCGAACACAUUCCGUGGGUAUGAGCGUAAAUACCGAGUACAAGUGUCACUGCUCAAUAGUAAGGAUAAACUGUAUAAAAUUUCAUUCACCAUUGUAUGGAAGUAUGUAAUAAACUGUGUUGACCUGUU